UAAUGGAACAAGGUGAGCUGUCAUUUGGAGAGGUAACCUCAUCAGGGUUCACAGUCUACUGGUCACCUUUCCUUGGACGUACAUCCUAUGAACUCUCCAUCAACAAUCAAGCAGGGCUCGUAGUCCCUGCAUCGGGUGAUGCUGUUCAGUCUUACGAAGUGGAUGGCCUGAGCUCAGGAACCUCGUAUACGGUCAGCCUGGUCAAUGGAGGGACAGAAACUAUCAGGACCCGUCCUCUUGCGCCAGGGACCCCCAUAGCAACUCAGGUAUUGGACACCAGUAUUCAGCUUCAAUGGGCUCAAUCAUCAGACGGUAGUGUUGCCGGAUAUGAGAUAUGUUAUUCCCCUGAUGACGGAUCCAGCCCUGUUUACAUCGCAGGUAGGACCACCACUCAGUACACCCUCGAAGGAUUAAACUCUGACACAACAUACAUCAUCAGCAUCUCUGCCCUCACAGGAAAUCCACAGGUCAAGAGUCAGAAGCAAACAAUCUUUGUCACAACAAUUGCUGACACCACCAUCCCCAUGGCUAGUAACUUUGCAGUGACCAACACUCAGGCUGCAGACCAUGUCAUCAUCCUGGAAUGGGAUGUUCCUGAGAGAGCAUCCUACGAUUACUUUGAGGUAUCGUACACCCCAGACGUCGGCUACCCAUCUUCACCGGUCAGGCUGCCCAAGGCUGCUACCAGUCUCAGCAUUAUGAAUGCCUUGGCAGACAAGGUGUAUCAAUUCAGUUUGGUCAGCAUUAGAGGAGAUGAGAGGACUGACCCACCUCUUACUACCACAGGUCAGAUAGCUGUUAAUAACCUGAUUGUUGUGAUCGGGGAGAGAACCACCACAUCUCUGGAGAUCUUAUGGGGUGCAUCGGCAUCGGGGUCUGUUAAUGAGUACCAGGUCUCUUACGGUGGAUCAACUCCCAUCGUGGUUGAUGGGUCCAGUGAUAGGAGGGUGGUCAUCCCUGGACUUUCACCUGGAACAGAGUACACAGUGACUGUGCAGGCCAUAAACGCUGGAGCAUCUGUUGGAGAUAGCAUGGAAACAGCAUCUACGUUGCAUGAAAUGAACGGGCUUUCCGCUAUGGUGACUGAUCAAGCAUCAUCGAUGAUUCAUCUGACCAUAACUCCACCUUUCGAAGAUCCCAUGAGAUAUGAUGGGUACAAUGUACGAAUUCGUCUAGGUGGCGUCUCCAGUCCUGUCGUACAGCCGGUUAUCCCAGUCGCUAAAUCAGCUUGUCCAGAAAUUUGGAUCAAGAAACUUGAAGCAGCCACCAUGUAUGAAAUCGACAUUGAGUGGUAUAAUGGUCUGGAUAUCAGUGAAGCAUUCAGAGUUCAAACCAGCACAGUUGCUGCUGCACCGCUGGACAUCACUUUAGAUGAGCUGGAAACAGACUCCAUGAAGGUAUCUUGGCAGGAAGGUACAGGCUCCUUCUCAUAUUACCUUGUCACCUACAGCCCUGUUGGGUCAACGCAGAUGACAAUGCUGGUAGCAAAAGGAGAGCCAAGGGUCCUGGAUCUAAGUGGUCUAGUACCUGGUACUGCCUAUACUAUCAUGGUCCAACAGCAGGGACAAACUCCGGCCCAAGAAACACAUGUCCAGCUUACGCUGCCUGAAACCAUCAACAGUCUGAGUGUUACUCCCAGUAAGAACGUAUUAGAUGCCACAUGGAGUGCACCCUCUACAGGCAGCUAUGAUGGAUAUAGAGUGUGUCAUUACCCACGUGGUACUCAGAACUCUCCGUAUACCUCGGGCACCACACCAUCUAUAAACCUCCCUGGACUCAACAGUCUGACCUACUAUCUUGUAACAGUCUCAAGCAGUGAAGAAUCAACUUACAGUGAACCAACCACCAUCACACGACAGACACUGAUCGGUGAUCCAGGAGAUAUCAACAUUGCCCUGGAAGACAUUGACACAAAGUCAGUCAGAAUCACUUGGGUUGCAAUUAAUAGCAUAACGAGGUACACUGUAGGAGGUGGGAUCGGAGCACCACAAACUGUGACAGUCAACUCACCUGAGGAAGCUGAAUACACCUUUACCAGUCUGGUGCCAGGCACUAGCUACACCUUCUUUGUAGAACCUCUGGGAAAUCAAAGGAGAGAAAGAGAACAAUAUACAAAGCCGGACAUGCCGAGGAAUCUGAUCUUCAAUACGAUUACCGCAAAUUCUAUCAGCAUCAAAUGGGAGCGGCCUCUUAUGGGUGGUGUGGACAGCUAUAGAGUUACGUACUCCCCAUCCUCCGAUGGUAGCCCCGCAUCUCCCCAUACCAUAACGGAUAAUGGACAAAUCACCCAGACUCUAACGGUCACAAAUCUUCUCCAAGGAACCACAUAUACAUUUAAUGUGUAUGCUCUUGUAGCGGACCUAGUCAGCGAACCAGUAACGAGAGGGAGCGGAACCUACAUCGGGAUGGACAUUGGUGCUGAUUUCAUCAGUACCCAGUUCACUGUCCUCUGGGACGUACCCACGGCCGGCGUCUUCAACCAAUUCCAAGUCACCUAUGAUCCUUACGACCCUACUCGUCCUAACAUUCAGGAGUCUCCGCGCAUCAUCUCGGUAAGCUCCUUGAACGGAGCACAGGAAGGAUCUCUGCUCAUCUACGGCCUUGAGCCUGGACAGCUGUACAACGUAUACGUGCAGACGAUGCUGAACGGCUUGCAGACCGAUGACGGCUUUGGGAGAAUAUCAUUUAGAACCCCCCCACUACCAGUGACGGACGUCGUCAUAACCCAGCGCACACCCUACUCCCUGUCGCUAGACUGGAGCGAUGUCAUAUCGGCCGACAUCCAGUACAGAAUAACAUACGCACCAAUGGAAGGAGCGCUUUUUCCAAACGACGAGGAUUCUGCACAAGUACUGUCAUCUAAUCAGGUCUCUGAAUCUCAGAUUUCUGCUAGAAGCUUGGCUCCUAGUAAAGAGUACGUCUUCACUGUAUCCCCUGUGAGUGGGGAUCCUAGCAGCUUUGAACAGGUCGGUGAGCCGCAGACAGUGGUUACAUACACACAACCACUGAGUCCACAGAACCUGGUUGUUGGUGAUGUUGGUGUUGAGGAGGUUUCACUGUCAUGGAAUCUACCGGCUGAAGUCAACUUCCCAAUAGCUUAUUACGAGAUAGACUUGGUACCCAACGAGCCUACGUUCCCAAUACGUAUUAACAGCACACCAGACCGAUGGAAAAUACUUGCCGGCCUUGUGUCUGGCCGGGAGUAUCAAGCUGUGAUGAGGUCUGUUAUUAAUGUCAAUGGCCAGGUUAUAUACAGUGAACCUGUACAAUCAGCUUUCUUCCUCCUAGAUCCUGUGCAGCCCCAAAGCUUGAGCACACCAUACGUCACUACAACAGAACUCAGAGUGGAAUGGACGCUAGGGAAUUCUGACUUCACUACCUUCCAGGUGUCAUUAAGUAAGGAUUCAGCGACCAUCUUGACCACAGACACGCCAGAGCGGUCACUUUUGUUGACCAAUUUGACCGUUGCUACAGUGUAUGACAUCAGUAUUAGGACCGUAGUCCAGGGACAACAGACUAAUAUGAUCAAGACCAGUGCAGGAGCACUCAUAAUGGCUGUCACUACUAAAUCUGAGCCGCCACAGAACUUGAUGCAAGAUGAAGUAACGAGUGAUUCCAUCACAGUCUCCUGGGGCGCACCGCUCAAUGUCGUCAAUAUGUAUCAUAUCAUCGUCAAAGAUGAGGAUGGAGCGAAUGUAGCCGAUGCCACUGUACCGUCGAGUGAAACCAGCUAUACAGUAGAGAACCUCAACCCGUAUACCAAGUACAUCAUCACAGUUGCUGCACAGUUUAAUGGCCUGGAUAGUGAUGCCAUUGAGAUUGAACAGACGAUAUUCCAAGGAAGUAAGUGAUAACUAAAAGACAUAAAGUCAAACCCGCCUCCUAGGCCACCUUUCCAUAAAAGCCACCUGUCUAUAGUGACCACGUAUUUGUCUCCCCCAAGAAAGUCAAUACACAGCCAAUAGUAGUGAGUUAAUCCUUUACAUAUUCUUCUUUUUCUUCUGUUGACUCUGCCUCCUUCAACCUGAAGUAUGUAAUUCCUGUAACAACUAUCGACUUUUUCAAGUUCUCAUACUAACCCAAGAGCAAUAAGGAUCUGGAACCAUCUGCCAGACUCGAUCAGCAGUCACUGCAACAGGAAUAA